UGGCUAGUUUUAGGGAUUGGUAGGGGGAAACCGGAAGAGAAUGAGCUGCUGAAAGAUGGAUGGUGUGUGGCUGCUGCUUGCGGUCUCAUUGCUCUUCGCAGCUCAGUGGGAGAAUACCGCAGGCUUGCCUUAUGGAGACUCGUUCCGAGAAGAGUUGCUCCUCACUCCGUUGCGCUCCGGAGACAUCGCCGCCACCUUUCAGUUCCGGACGCGACUGGAUUUCGAUCUGCGACGUGAGAAAGUUUCUCACUAUAGAUUAUUUCCCAAAGUUUUGGGUCAGGUGAUCUCAAAAUACUCCAUUCAGGAGCUACAUCUAUCCUUCACUCAGGGAUUCUGGCGCACCAGGUCAUGGGGUCCACCUCUCCUGCAGGCACCUGCUGGAGCUGAACUUUGGGUCUGGUUCCAGGAUUCUGUCACAGAUGUUGACAAAAAUUGGAAGGAACUGACAAAUAUCUUGUCAGGAAUCUUCUGUGCCUCGCUAAACUUCAUUGACUCCACUAACACUGUGACUCCAACUGCAUCCUUCAAACCUUUGGGAUUAGCUAAUGUUACCGAUCAUAAUUUCUUGAGAUACGCCGCUCUGCCUAGAGAGAUUGUAUGCACAGAAAAUCUUACGCCAUGGAAGAAGCUGCUGCCAUGUGGUUCUAAGGUGGGCCUAGCCUCCUUACUAGAGGCAGAACGUCUGUAUUACAGCAGCUACCACUCCCAGUCUGUGCAUAUUAGACCAGUUUGUAGGGAUGGAAAUUGCUCAAACGUUUCCUGGGAGUUGAGACAAGCACUAACUGUGGUGUUCGAUAUGUAUACCAAUGGAAUGGGGAAGAGAGAUUGGUCACUCUUUAAGAUGUUCACUCGAACAAUAACCGAGCCUUGUCCACUUGCAACACAAAGUAAAAUAUAUGUGGAUUCUUCUGGAUAUGACAAGGAGGUCGACUUGUUUGAAAUUACACCUUCCUCAGCUUUGGACACUGAAGUACCCGUCCAUGGCGAUCAGAGAGUGUAUACACUGUAUGACCUUCUAGAACCAGAGCUCUUCAAUACUUCUAGAAACCUAAAUGUGGCACUGAAGUGGAAAGGUGGUUCAUCUGACUCAGGUCAGCCACGGUCUCCUGUUUUCCAUGCUGAACGCUAUGUUAGUGGCUAUGGUCUUCAGACUGGAGUUAUUAACACCAUGAUUUAUAACAACCAUCCAUACAGGGCCUUCCCUGUCAUGCUUCUGGAGACUGUACCCUGGUACCUCCGCCUGUAUGUCCACACUCUAACCAUCAUCACCAAGGGCAAAGAAAACAAACCCAGUUAUAUCCAUUAUGUUCCAGCUAAAGAUCGCCAGCGCCCGCAUUUGCUAGAGAUGUUAAUUCAGCUGCCACCUAACUCAAUCACCAAGAUUAGCAUACAGUUUGAGAGGGCAUUGCUGAAAUGGACGGAAUACCCACCCGAUCCCAAUCAUGGCUUUUACAUCAGUCCCUCAGUACUGAGUGUCCUAAUCCCCAGUGUUCUGAAUAUGAGGACAGAUCAGAUGGAGGAAGGCCCACUGUUUUCCACUCUGUUCCCAUCGUCGGAUGGAUCCAGUUACUUCAUACGCCUAUACACUGAGCCCCUACUGGUGAAUCUUCCCACACCUGAUUUCAGUAUGCCCUAUAAUGUCAUCUGUCUGACAUGUACUGUGAUGGCUGUUGGCUAUGGCUCUUUCUUCAACCUUCUCACAAGAACCUUUCAAGUGGAGGACAGCCAGCAGGGUGGACUAGCAAAGAAGAUAGCCAACAUAAUACGCAGAUUACGUGGCGUCCCCUCUCUGUGAUGCUAUUGCAGGACUUUUUUCAUGCAAGGGAAAUGAGCUAGUAUUUCAAAUAUAUGUGUAAUUGCUGAGAUACAGAUCCUAUGUGGCUGCUACUACUUGGAUGACCAUCAGCCACAGAUCACGCACCAGUUCUGCACUAAGGGGGGGUCAUUCCGACCUGUUCGCACGCUACCGUUUUUCGCAGUGCAGCGAUCAGGUCACUACUGCACAUGCGUAUGCACCGCAAUACGCAGGCGCAUCGUACGGGUACAAAGCGGAUUGUUGCUGAGCGAUGGAUUUAACAAAGAAUCCAUUCACACAGCUGAUCGCAAGGAGAUUGACAGGAAGAAGGCGUUUAUUGGGUGUCAACUGACCGUUUUCUGGGAGUGUUUGGGAAAACGCAGGCGUGUCCAAGCGUUUGCAGAGUGGGUGUCUGACGUCAAUUCCAGGACCAGACAGGCUGAAGUGAUCGCAAGGGCUGAGUAAGGUCAGACCUACUCAGAAACUGCACAAAAUGUUUUUGCAGAGCUCGGCUGCACAUGCGAUCGCACACUUGCAAAGCGAAAAUACACUCCCCUGUAGGCGACGACUAUCUGAACGCAGCGCUGCAAAAAGUAGCUAGCGAGCGAAUAACUCGGAAUGACCUCUUAAGUGGCCGUGACCAUAUAUCUUAGAAUUCUAAUAUGGGAAGGGAUGCAGUCAGUUUACCUCCAAUCAAAAUACCGACGUUCAAAAUCCCGACACCAAUUGACCGAUGGUCAAAAUCCCGACACGGACAAAAUACCGACAUUUAAAAUGCCGACAGGUCAAAAUACCGACAUGAGUUUUUCAUGAUUUUUUUCAUUGAAACCGACUUGUUCAUACUUUACCAUCCCAGUGGACCUGGAGGGGGAACAUCAUAGUGUGCCGAGCGCAGCGAGGCACCGUGCCCGAAGCAUGGCGAGCGCAGCGGUACACUUUAUAUGGUGUCCAUGUUGAUUUAUGUCGACAUACACACAAAAAAACAUCAAAAAAUGCAUGUCGGUAUUUUGACCUUGUCGGUAUUUUAAAUGUCGGUAUUUUGUCCGUGUCGGGAUUUUGACCAUCGGUCAAUUGGUGUCGGGAUUUUGAACGUCGGUAUUUUGAUUGGAGGUAUUUCAUACCGAUCCCUAUGGGAAAGGAUAUUACCAAAGUCAGAAGUAGUCUGGGCUUUGUGUUGGUUUCUUAUGUGGUGGUUGUUUCCUGUCAAUUUCAUUUGUUGUUUGGCCCUAACGUUUCAUCGUUAACAAGCUGCUGAAUUUUCUAUUUGCUCAAAUUUUGUGUUCAUAUGAUAAAUAUGGCUUUGAUAGAACUUUUUUAAAUAUGCUAAGAUUUCAUCUGCCUAAUAAUGGUGCUGUGACUCUCCUCAUCUUCUGGUAUCCAGCAAUGUACAUAUUAAAGACUAUACAGUGGGACUGAUUCAGAGAUGUACGGUAAUGCUGCUGCGAAUAUGAAUAUAUACAGAUGCAGAAGCCGCUUGGAUUUGAAUUAAGGCGCCCACAGGCUGCUUUGUAAGUUCUAGGUGUUGGGUACAAAGCCGCAGCGUCGGUCGCAGAUCAGUUGAUUUACACUAU